AUGAGUCGCGAAGGCGAUCCGAACGGCGCCUCGCGCGCGCCCCUGCGCGCGGUUUUCUUCGACUUUGACGACACACUCGCGGAAACCACCCUGGCCGAUCGCGUCGCGUAUCGCGAAUGCGCGAUUCGCAUGGAGACCGUAUACGGGCUGUCGAAAAAGCGACAAGAUGAAGUGAUCGCUGCGUACAAGCGGCGGCUCGCGGAGCGUCCCUGGAACGACGAGUUUGCGCACGUGUGGACGCACCGCGAGCGGCUGUGGGCGGAAGCGUUCGGCGACGACGACAGAGGGCUCGCAAUGCGGCACGACGUGAACAGCACAUUUAGGGACUGUCGCUUGGAACAGCUACGUUUAAACAGUUCUGUGUGCGGUGGCAUCGAGAAGUUGCGCGCGAAGAAUGUGCACGUCGUCAUCAUCACGAAUGGCCACCACGUCGUGCAGCGAGAGAAGCUCGCCGCGUGCGGGAUAUACGAAGUAGUGAAGUUGGAAAACAUCCUCGUCGGUGGCGAAGAAGUUCUCGCCGGUCGCGACGAGAAACCAGAGGCGUCCAUCUUUCACGAGGCGUGCAAACGCGUCGACGUGGUACCAGACGAAGUUAUGCACGUAGGCGACUCGUGGACCGCCGACAUGGUCGGCGCCGAAAACGCUGGUCUGCGUUGGAGAGUGUGGGUGUCCCAACGUCCCGACGACGAGAAGUGCGAGAGCGAACAGGAACUGUCAUCGUCGAAGCGAGCGAAAAAGGUCGACGCCGUUCCGCGCGUAGAAAACAUCAAAGAAUUUUUCGAGCUCCUGGACGAGUGGUUGGACGAAGACGGCACGCUGCCCGCAUCCAACAUUCUCUUGAAGACGCGGAGCCGUAGCGAGCGUUAG